AUGCCUCGAAACACCUUGCAACGGUUGGCCGGCAGAAAUGCCCACCGAGCGGGCUGUGAGUCACUCGGGAGGAGGAAGGCCUCGGAGGGCAGCCGAUCGAAGUCUGACCCAGGGAAAAGUCGCUGGGUUCUUACAGGAAGCGAUCUAAUUAUGUUCCUUAUUCGAAGUUGUCCUCUGGCCAGUACUGGGAGGCUUUUCUUCCAAGGAGAGGGCUCUCCCGCUUCCUGGGAACAGCCUUUGUGUGCAGAAGCCCUGGAGAGUUCAGCAGCUGGUGCUGGGAAAGUUGGGGAUGUCAGGAACCCUGGAGCAUCAGCAAACUAUUUCUUUCUCUUCUAUUUGGGCUCCACCUUUUUUCCUGUUUGUGUAAUUCACGUCAAUGCUUUGCUCGAGAUUAAGUCAGAGAUGAGUUAUGGGUUCUGGAAUGUGAAAUCCUCUGUUUCAGUACGUACGCAUUCAACCGGGGACAGCACCUCCUUGACUGUCUUCUCUCAGGACAACUUGGAUUUCCAGAUCAUCCAAAGCUUUUUGGAAUCCCAUUCUGUGUUCUCCUUUGUCGUGUGUAUUCUAAUCCUUAUCUGUGCUUCUUUCCACGUUUUUGAGGUGUUAUCUAUCGACUCCUCAUCAGGUGAAGCAAUUCUUGAGGGUCUUCUGCUCCAGUCAGAAAACUUCCGGCAGAAUAGUUAUCCCCAGACCUCGGAGGCUCGACGGAUACAGGAAAAACUUUCUUUGAUGGAUUCGAUGUCAGAAUCUCCAUGUGAAUUUCCACUUAGAGGUGUCACGCUAUGGGGCCUCAGCGUCACCACAUCGUUUGGACGUCUGACCAGUUUCCUGACUUUGAGAGUCUCUUACUUUAAACAUGAGGGAUCAGCCCUGGAAAGGAAAGGAAGACACACGCGAGAGUCUGCCUCUGACCCCACCGGCGGCCACUCUCAGGAUGGGUCCUCCAGACGGGAUUUCAACAGAAUUGUUUUGAUAGGGACAGUACUUUCUGUUGCUGUCCCGGGGCAGGGUGAUGGUGAGGACACACGGUGCUCUCAGAUCCUCUGUGUGGACAAGACCAGCUCUGGGCCAGCUUCCAGGAAGCCCCACUGGUAGCGACAGAACAUGUCCAAUUCAGAAAGCCCUUCAGGGCUGGUUCAACUGGAUAUUGUAUUUAAAUGGAUCUAGUUAUAUUUCAUAUGUGUGAAAGAAAGGCUUUGUUAGAUGAAUACAUCUACACUUUUUUUUUUACUG